AUGCGGAGCAUUUUCUACGCUGUACUUGCCAUUGCGGUUGUAGCUCGCAGCAGCACCGUCGCAGCAUUCCUAAUUCCCGACGAGUCUCGACUCUUCUCGAAGCCACUUCCUAAUAUUGUGCCAAAAAGAUAUCUUCGGGUUGCAGGCCAAGAAGUCGUCCAGAGCAGACGGGAAGACGGAAAUGGUGGCAUCUGGAAAUCCUUAGCCCAGUAA